GUUAAAAUUGAAUUCAAAUUUAAAUUUCACUUUCCAAUUUUUAUCUUGGACAGUAGUUAAACUACUUGAAUUGCGGUAGUUGAGCAUGAACAUUUGAACUACAAUCACUACUCACAUCGUAGUAUCGCUAUGUUUAUGUUUUAAGAAAUUUUAAGUUAAAAUUAUCACCGUCUGUGAAAUUAUUUUCGUUGUUACUUUGAUAUUUGAUAGGUAGUGUGUAGUUUUUUAUGAUCAACUGCCACGAAUCACGAGUUUUAUGUAUUUCAGUGGUUAUAAAUACCGUAAUCUAUUAUCGAUUAAACGAAUAUUUAGUUGCUUCUUUAAGAUGCCGUUUUACGCUGUAAUUUUCAAGACUAAAAAAACCGGUGCAAUAGCAGAAAACUGGGAGAUGGCUCGUGGAUUGAGAGACGCUACUCCUAAUUCAUAUGCUAAGAAAUUUAAUACAAAAAUAGAAGCAGAAAAAUAUAUUAAAGAUUUCAAUUUCCAGAUUGUGCAAAAUGCACAAAGCACUAAUGAUCAUUUCAAAGGAAUAAAAAGAAAAAGAUCUGAGAAUUCAAACUUUACGAUCGAUUCAGUAAAAGACCACAUAAAAAAAAUUAAAAUGGCGUUCAGUGAUUUGCUUGCUGCAUCAUCUUUUACAGGAUUAUCGGUGACAUGUGUAGACCAAUUGAAGAUUUUAAAUGAUGAAGUUAUUGGUAAACUUCAUAAAAUAUUGAAUGUGAAUGAAACUGAAUCCAUAGAAAAUUUGUCCUUGGUUACUACCACAAAUACACCAUCAAAUAAAAACUUGACAUUUUCUGAUGAAAAAGAUAUGUGUUCUCCAUAUAUUGAUGCUAUUGAUAGUACCGAUUUACUCCCAUCUGAACUAGAAUCAGCAAAAAAAUCUUUCACAUUCAAUGAAAAAAAUGAAGUUGUUGUUUAUACUGAUGGCGCUUGUUCGAAUAAUGGCUUUAAAGGAGCAUCUGCAGGGGCUGGAGUAUGGUUUGGAAAAAGUCAUCCUCUGAAUUUGGCAAUAAAAGUACCUGGAACACAAACUAAUAACAAUGCAGAGAUAUUUUCUACCAUUAAAGCAAUUGAACGAGUUAAUUCUACUGGUCUCACUAGAAUAAGUAUACACACAGAUUCAGAUUUUGUCAUCAAAAGUGUAAAUGAAUGGAUGCCGCGUUGGCAAGCUAAAGGGUGGAAAACUAGUGCAGGUGCAGAAGUGAAAAACAAAGAAAUGUUUAUGAUAUUAAAUAAAAGAAUCCAGUCAAUGGAUUCAGUUAGCUGGACAUACGUACCUGGUCAUAAAGGAAUUACUGGUAAUGAAGAAGCCGAUAAGUUAGCUAGGAUAGGAGCCAAGAUGUAAUGAAAAAGUCUUAAAUUAACUUCACUUUUAUUAUUAACUAGCUACAUUUAAAUUCAUUUCUUGAUUCAAAUUAACGUUUUAAAUAGAUUUUGUAUCCAUCCAUUAAAUUAUAUGACUAAUGUCAAACAGAUGAAGUUCA